AGUUGUGAGUACAUCUUAAGUAUACAUACGUUGAAGUAUGGUUCCCCUUGGGUCACCCUUUUCAAAAACGUGCAAAUCAUAUGGUGCAAAAUGGUGGAAAAUUGAUCCACAACAGAUCAACGGUAGACAGAAAAUGACGUGAUGACUUUGAUAUUCUAAUUAUGGCGGAGAGCCCAACCUCCAUAGAUAGCCGAGGAGAUGAGGAACUGGUUUGUGAUCCUGUUAGAACACGAUGCAGGAUAUAUACUGAUAAUCACAGCACUACAGACCUAGGUGUCGAUCGACCCGGAGCACCAGCUCAACCAAGGAUCAAACAGAAGAGGAAGAGCUCAGAUCCGUUACCGGAUUUAACAAAGGACCAGCGUGUCGUUCUCUACACCCUGUUACUAUGUGAGAAUGCUUUUGGUGGUGUUCGAAUGGAUGAUGACGUCAUUAUGGGUGAUAUUGAUGUCAGGAGGACACUGAGUGAGCUGGCGGAGAGACAGCUGGUGCUGUAUUUUGAUGACAAUGUGCCUUUCUGUGUACACCUAUGCCAACGUGAAGAGAUAAUGAGAUCUUGCAUAGAGAACUGCCUGCUGAGUGACAUAGACAAAGACUUCUACUUACAGGUCGCUUCAGGUGGUUCUCUACAUACAUAUGCAGUCGUGUAUCUAAGUCAGUCUACUUACACAGAACAGCCCUAUCACAUCCCUAUCACAUUAAUGAGACUGGUAAUAGAGGGACGGGCAAAGGAUGCAGUGGGAUAUCAUCAAGGGUUUGAGCAGGGUUUAGCUGAUGAGGGGUUUCAGAAAUUUACACAAGGGUGGUGCAGGAUGAAAAACCUAGACCCUAUGGCGUGGGCAGACGGAAUUCCACGCAAGGAAGUUGCAAGAUUUCUAUCAGCCCAUACUUUCCUUAAAGGAUUACAUAAAGGAUUUACAGAAUUGGUAUUGGACCAGAAACGGUGGAGCAUACUAAUCUCCAUUUUAAUGUCAGAGAAGUAUACCAUCAGUGUAAAUGCCUUGUAUGAGGAUAAACUAAAAAAAAUCCAAGGAGCAUUUCCUUCAUUGGGGGAAUCGAACCAUAGUAUAAGUACAACUGAAGCUGUCAAGUUGAUUAAAGAUCUAGUGCACAACCACAAGCUGUUAACAAUGAAUGAAGAUGAUAGUAGCGGAACUGUGGAGUUUAUAUCGGACGAUGUCCGCCAUCAGGUGAUGAUUUACUUCGUUCUGGAUUGCCUGAAGACUGACGAGGACUAUGCAAACUGCCUUAAUAUGUCGUCUUUGGACUCGUUGCUGGAGUAUGUCCGUCCGAGGUUGUAUAAACCAUGUCACAAAGAGCGAUGUGUAUACUUGCCGAAGAGAAUGACGGAGGUGUUUAUCAGGAGACUGGGGAUAGACGCAAUACGUCACGCCAUGGUGGAGGAGAGAGAGAUAUAUAAAAGGAGAAUGUCCGAUGAUGAUGAUGAUGAUGAUGAUUAUGAUGAUGAUGGAUAUUAUUAUUAUGAUAACGAAAUAUGGCGUUCAAUGAGACAGAAAGUAUCUGAAAUACUUAAAGUGCCUUUGGAAAUCCUUGAAUGGGACUUUGCAGCGCGAAGCAGAUAUGCAGAAUGUGUCAAGAAAGGAACUCAAACCAUACACAGAGCUCGUGCAAUGAUAGUUGGAUGUGCAGGGGCUGGAAAAUCUACUCUUCUUGAGCGUCUUCAGAAACGUAGCCUGGAUGAACUGAAAAAGGUUCAAUCUACGAUAGGAUUAGAAGUACAUGAAGACAUAUUUGAAAUUGCCCCGGAAUUUGAUUUUCUAAAAGAUCUACCAGUUGACACAGACAAAGAGAUGAAACAACUAUUAAGUGUUGUGGACUUUGGUGGACAGUGUGCAUAUUAUGCAUGUCAUCAGGUCUACCUAAGCAGAAGGGCGUUCUAUCUUCUUGUCAUUGACAUGUCUAAAGCAUUCGAUGAGAAAGUUGAUCCAGCACUGUGUGAACAGGCAGGGACCAUGUUUACUGACUGGUCUUAUGGGGAAUACCUAUUGUUUUGGUUGAAGUCAGUACAUACCUACUGUGACAAUGACACCCCAGUGAUCAUCGUUGGAACACAUUUAGACGAAACCAGCGCUCAGAACUGCGACACCUUCUACAACAGCAUCCUGGAGAGUUUAAAGUUCGACAAACAUCUGAAGUCACACCUAGACAGGAAACGCUGCUUUGUUGUGGGCUUUAAAUCUGAUGGUUCAUCUUUUCAGGACACGCUUUCCGAGCUAGAGAAGUGCAUAGUUUCAAUUGCUAAACAAGAUAAAUGGAGGGAAGUCAUUCCUAUAGAUUGGGCACUGUCUGAAGUCGUACUCAGAGAACUCAGAAGACAGGGAGUGAGAAUGACAUCUGUUACAAAAUUAUUGAAUAAAUGUUUUGGUAAAAACGAAGAUAAAUACACACAGAUGAGCGAUAUCCUGAGAUUUUACCAUGAUAUAGGCGUUGUACUACACCUUGAUGGGAUGUCUCUUGCCGAGACUGUCAUCGUUGACAUCCAAUGGUUCGUUGAUUCUUUUAAGAACAUAAUAACUGAUUCAAACCAUGUCAGGGAUAUUGUCGACAAUGACCGCGAUUGGAGUUCCUUUUACAAAAGUGGUCAUAUACUAGACAGACUUUUGACCGAUAUUUGGGAGAGUCGGCGCUUUGAAAUUAACUACUGGGAAAUGAAUGAAAACAAAGCAACCUUGUUGCAAUACAUGCAACGGCUUGGUCUCAUCUCAGUUGGUACCGAAGCACAUUACAUUCCCUGUAUGAACAAGAUGACCUUCGGUGAAAAAGAAGAGAGAUUUUUUCAAUCCAUCCAAAGUAAAACAUCGGUAUUGGUCUUUCGAUUUCACUUCCUGCCAUAUUUCUUUUAUUUCCGUCUUGUUGUUGCUUGUCUGACAAAAACCAAUGGCGAAUGGACCGUUCUGGAAGACAAUGGACUUUGCCUAUAUAAAAAUGUGGCCUGUUUUCGCUAUAAGGGACAUGUUCUAGCACUGGCUGUGAAUAAAUAUUCAAUUCAGCUUCAAGUUUUCCAACCCGGCAAUUUUCCAUUUGCAAAAGUUGUCACACUAGAAAUUCGUGACAAUGUUGAAAAAUUACUGAAUGGUCUAACAAGUAACUUCCACAAAAACAUCAUGUACACUGUAGGAUAUCAAUGUUCAAAACAGGAGGUGUUUCGUGAACAUGAUGACUGUUUUGUUGAAGAGAUAGAAAUCCAUAGGAAAGGAAACACCUCUUGCCCAAAACAUGGAAUGAUAAAUUAUCAUAUCCUGAGUGAAUCCGCUCUUUUGUUCUAUUGGAAGCAGGAUGUCCUAACCGAGGUAACGAAUUUGGAGUGGACCAGUCUCUCGGUGCCGGAACCAAGGAAAUAUUUCAAGACUUUUGACGAACUCACGAAGAUUGGACGAGACGCACUCCAGAUAUAUUUUGACAAAAUAUUUCCACCAAUGGAUUUAGCUAUUGCACUCACCAAUAACGAACAUAGUCUACAGCAUGGACAUCACAAGCUUGAUGCAGACCAAUGUGAUAUGUUAUUUCCUGCCGAUAGAUCGAUUCCCUCUUCAGCAGCUUUUGAUGUGACCGUCAUGUACAAAUUGUUGAGAAAUUACGGACCAAGUAUUUCACCACCGAGCAAAGGCUGGGGUAAGAGACCCGACAUUGGACAGAAACUUCCUACAGAUGACAUGGAAAGAAUCAGACUCUACAGAAAUGAAGUUCAACAUAAAACUCGGACAACAAGCCUCAUGGAGAAGGAUGACUUUGAACUGAAAUGGAAGGAUCUAUCUCAGGCAAUACUAAGACUGAGUAAUGGAUCCCUGAAGAAAGACAUAAUGGCACUGACUCAACAACAAUAAUGGCAUGCAUGAUAAAAUAGCCAGUUCAAAAUCACGAGUUUGAAUUCGUGUUUUCGUAGUAACUACACAUGACCAUCAAUCUACUGUGUUUCAUUCAGUGAGAUGUACAUUUUCUCAGGAAUGUAUUGCACGUUACUUUACCAUGAUGUGAACAUCAAGUCAUACCUAUGGUGAUUCGGGUAAAUAGUAAAAGAAGAGGAAUAUAGAACAACUACUAUACAUGUAUAAACAAUCGUGUUAAAGCAUAUGAUUUAAAUGUGUGAUUAACUCCUAUCAUAAUGUACAUUGUCUGUUCUGUAAAGCUUUGUAAAUAGCAAAAGGCAAUAAAAUGUCAGCUUUCAA